GGUCACGUGAUUUAGAGGUCACUAAUUAGCGUUUUUAAUUGUCACUUUGUUUUGUUUUGCUGGAAGUGAUUUCAUUUCUCGCAGUGCAGCAAAAAUAUCUGAAGCAAUUUUCAUUCUACACGUAAAAGUGGAGCCUGAAGGUGAAGAGAGAAGAAAAAGAAAGUGUUAGAAGUUGAAUUUUUUUACUUCAAGUUGAGCUGGAGUUGAAACAGGAAGUGGCUCAGAAGGACAGCACCUGAGACGAGCGUAUAAGAAGAAGAAGAUGAUGAGGAGGAUGAGUUUGUUCCCCCACGGGGGAACUCCUCGGGGGAACCUUGAGCUGACCCGUGACGAAAUCGAGAACGACACGCGUGAGCUGGUGUCCGAGCUCGUUAAUCUCCCGACCAGAGCCAGAAGACAGGCGAUACGAGCUCUGCCCAUAAGCUUCCACGAGCGGCGAUAUGUCAGGAGCAGAGUGAUGUCACUGAAACACUCGAAGAAGAACCGCACGCUCCCGACGUGCUGCACCGACUGCCAUCAGCAAACCUCGCUGUUUUUCCGCAGGUUCGGUGCUGGCGUGGCCGCGGCCCGGAAGCGUUUGGUGAUAUGGCAGGACGCUCUGAAGGAGAUCGGCGGCCGCUUCGGCACCUCCGUCCUCUCCUACUUCCGCUUCCUGAAAUGGCUACUCGUGUUCAACAUCAUCUCGCUACUCAUCAAUUUCUGCUUCAUCGCCAUCCCACAGAUCGUCCACAGCCCCAACAUCACACACACGGUGAACUUCAGAGGGCUGGAGCUGCUCACAGGAGCCGGCUACUUUACCCAGACGGUGUUCUUUUACGGUGGCUAUAACAGCAACAUUACUGCAGCUCAGCCUCCUUACAACAUGCAGCUGGCUUAUUUCUUCACCAUAGCAGCUUACCUGGUGUUUUGCGGCGUGUCGCUUAUUUACAGCAUGGCCAUAUCCUUCCAAAAGAACUUCGUGUUGGUGUCCGGUCCGGCCUACGGCGGCGCCUGGCGCCUUCUGUGCAGCUGGGACUUCAGCGUGGUUAACGAGAAGGCCAUCCAGAACCACAAGAACAACCUCGCCGUCCAGUUAAAGGAGACUUUAUCCGAGCGGCUGCAGAGAAAAGCCGCGGCGUCGGCGCCGGCGUCCACCGUUCUGAAGCGGCUCGCGCUUUACCUCCUGGCGUGGACGCUGUGCGUCGGUCUCGCCGUCGGCUCCUGCGCAGGCAUCUACUUCCUGCAGUCACGCCAGGACCAGCUGGUGCCGGGGAUUUCCGGGUUCACGGAUGAUUUAAACGCGGAGGCGUCUACGCUGAUCCUGCCUGUCGUCGUGUCCCUCAUCAACCUGAUCGUCCCGCUCAUCUUCUCCCUCGUUAAUAAGAUGGAGCACUACGCCAGCCCCCGCACCAACAUCUACAUCGGCAUCGCGAGGAACGUCCUGCUGAAGAUCUCCAUCCUGGGAAUACUGUGCUACUACUGGCUCAGUGACGUUCCCUAUACCGUCUCAUGUUGGGAAUCGUUUGUGGGUCAGAGCGUGUAUCGUCUGGUUCUAGUCGACUUCAUCUUCUGCCUCCUCGGCUCGUUCUUUGGAGAGUUCCUCCGCAACAUAAUUGGAACCAAAUGCAUCCCGAGCCUCGGCGUUCCCGAGUUCGAUAUCGCCACAAACGUCCUCAAUCUCAUCUACGCUCAGACGCUAGCAUGGAUUGGGAUCUACUUCUCCCCGCUGCUUCCCAUCAUCCAAGUCAUUAAACUGUUUAUAAUCUUUUACCUGAAAAGGGUCAGUUUGAGUAUGAACUGCCAGCCACCGAAGCACACCGGCAGAGCCGCUCAGAUGCAGACGGUUUACGUGGCGCUCCUGUUUUUCCCCUCGUUCGUCGGAGCGCUCUCCCUGGUGGCCUACACCGUGUGGAGCCUGAAGCCGUCCGAGCAGUGCGGACCUUUCCAGGGUCUGGACGCGCCCUUCCGGGCCGUGCACCAGUGGAUGGCGACGGUGCGCGAAAUCCCGGGAUCCGAGUGGGCCUGGUGGAUUUUCGAGCACGUGCUGAGGAACGAGCUGUUCUUCUACCUCAUCACUCUCAUCGUCCUAGUCCUGACUUACUUCCUGUGGCAAGUCACUCAGGGCAGGAAGCAGCUCAUUCGGACUCUACGUGAGCAGAUCGUCAAUGAGGGUAAGGACAAGACCUUCCUGCUGAACAGAUUACAGAGCAUCCAGAAACAGAGCCGAGCCGCCGCAGCCUUCAGUCCCCAGGAAUUCACCGAGAGGACAUACUUCAAUCCGAACUGGAUGAACACCUUGCCCUUGGAAAUGUGAGACAAUAUUUUUAAAGACUUGUGGCCUCGUGUCGGUGAGUAACGGACGAGGUUCCCGUGAGCCACGGCUUCGGAAGUCUGUUAUUAGUGGUUUCUGCGUUCCAGCUCCGACACGCUGCUCGGUUUGACGUUCACUGCGCAAACACACUUAAUUCAGUUCUUCUACAGAGAAAACAAACAUCAUCAGGAGCUGUGGCUCAGGGUGUAAUACAGGAUCCAGUCCAAUAGGGGGCAGCGUUUCCUUACGCAGCUCUUUAACUUGAAAUCAUUUCACUGUAUGUAAAGCUGUAAAAGAUGUUUAGUUUCGAAAGAUGAAAAUGUUCAUGCGUCGUCGUAGCACAUUUAAGAAAAAAUAACCAAGGAAUAAAACAAUGAAAUGAUACUGUUGAUUUUUAUUGUGAAAAAGUCGUCGUAUUUUUUUUUUUUUCAUACACUAAAGAACUGUACAGACAAUAAUUUAAAAACGGUUCGGUUCAUCGUUCCAAGAACAUUUUGAUGAUUCCUUAAAUUACUCAGCAGCUUUUAGCUUACACCCAAGGAGGAAAAAAAAAAAAAAAAAAAAAUAGUGUUUACAACCGUGUGCUCAUUGCAUUCACAUUGUUCUUCCCUUUUAUUUUAUUCAUCAAAACCCGCAGGACAGCAGGAGACGUUUUCCACACGCGCAUUAAACCUGGAGAUUAAAAUAAACCAAAACGUAUCUGUCCUUGAUUUGAUUUAUUCAUUAACAGGUUUUAAUCUGCGUCUGGAAAAGCGAUUUUUUUUAAAAGCAACCAUGUAAAAGAGGUUCAGAAAAGACGAAGAUUAAAAACUAGAUGCGUCGUAACAGAACAAAACAAAGACGAUACAAAACGCUAGGAUUUUUUUCCCUAACUACGUCACGGCCCUCCGGAAUGAACGUUACAGACUAAAACGUGACUGUAGACGGAGUUUAACUUUUUACUGAACGAAAACAGCGGUCACGUCUCCAAACACACGUUCUCACACCGGAUUCUAUCUAACUUUUCGUUUAAAGCGGACGGAUCACGUGCAGGCGUCCCGCUUCGCUUCGCUUCGAUUCGUUUCUCUCCGAACGCCAGCACAGAAGGUGCGUAAUAGCUUAAAGGUGAAGCGGACGUUUUAUUUAUGACGUGGCACUUUUAUCAAACUGGAUUUUUUUUUUCUUCUUCUUCUUUAAGCAAAAUCCCUGAGAUAGAUAUAGAGAGAGAACCCGAAGACUCCAUGCGGUGUUUUCGAGGCUGUGACUUGAUGGUCUGCGAAAAAGGGGAAUUCAUUAUUCAUCAGGAUUAAAACAGAAGUCGCUGCUCCUUUCACCGGGUUCGUAAAUAAUUCAUCAAAAUAAUUAGGAGCGCGGUCGUCCUGGCGAUCCGGGUCUGAUUGCUCUUUUAAAAAAAAAACGGCCGUAUUGAUAUAGCGUUUGUGCUUUAAUAUUUAUAAGUUCUGCGCUCCGAGGUGUUUUAAAUCAAUCGAGCGUUCUUCCGAAUCCGAGUGGAAACCAUGCUUUGUGAAGAAAACUGAUUUUAAGAGUAACACUGCUUCAGAAACACUGAAAUAACGGGACUGACGAGGGCACGAAGAUAAAAAAAAAAAUGCGUCAAACUGAUCCGGUGCAUUUAAGGAAAUACUCCAGC